AUGGACGAAGGCCCGACAAGCAGCAGCCGGUCUAUGUCGCUUGUGCAAGCACAUCGGGCGCCUUCACAGGGACCGCAACUGUCACUGGAGUCUGAACCAGCUCGCUCAGCCUCGCAUCGAAGAGGAACGGGGGCUUUGCGACCAGUCAGGGGAGCUGGGCGAGUACUCGAAGAAGAACCGGAAAGCCAGCGGCGCAUGCAAGUCACGAACAAUUUGCCUAAGCGCACAAAGACUCUUGCAUCAGAGACUGUGUUUGUUCCGCAGCAAUCAUCUAUUGAGAAGUUUGUCGUCAGCGUCUGGGAGCAGAUCCACGGCGGCAUUAGUCUAGAUCCUCAAAGUCUCCUCGAACAAUGGCAACUGACCGCCACAGCUGCAACAGCAACCAUCAACAACGCAGGCAAGAUCCACGUUCCCGAGCAGCUUGAGCUCGGUCUGCUUCAGGCGCCGACGACAGACGGCACGAUGGCCGAAAUCGACAUGGAGGGAACCUUCAACCGCAGCAACAUCUUCUGUCGGAAGGUUACGCAGGCAAGCCGCGCAUGCCGCUCGAUCGAGGUCAUUGUCCAAGCGCGAUGGAUCGAGCACUUUGAUUCGUAUGUCGAGCUACUCGCCAUCACAAAUCCGGGCAUGUCCCCGACCAAACGCCGCAAGGCGGCGCUAAUCGAGGCGUGCAACGACUUUGGGUGGUCCGAGAAAGAGCUGCGGAACAAGAUGGCCAUCUGGCGCGGUUACAAGGAGAUCAAGGACGCCGGCGGUUGGGCCGCGUUAGUCUUCGCCGGCAUGGGCCUCUACCGCUUCUGCAAAUACCGGGUUGGCUUCAACACGGACAGUAUGCAGCGGCUCCGAUGCCUGCGGCCACGAAUCGAGGUCGCCGCCGACACUCUCCAUCCCACAUGGCGGCAGUUGCUUAUCAUCGUCGGAGAGGCAGCCCAACGACGCUUCUGCGGACACCCGCACGAUUGGGUUGUUCGACAGGACGGGUCGGACCCAGUGCCGCUUCGGUCGACAUAUCUCGAAUACGAUCCCUAUUUUAGUUUCGAACAACUAGAACACUCCGUCAUGGACAUGAGCGCGUGGGGAACCGACGACCCCCGAUGGGUGCCGCCCAUGAAUACGGUGGCUUGUGUCCAAGGGAAGCACACAUGCCACUCGUGCGGACAGGAGCAGUCCGAAGACCCCAAGAUCAACUCCUGCUAUUGUUUUCCGACGCUAUUCGGAUCCGGCGGCCGAAGCCCGUGCCCGGUGCAGGUGUUCCGAACGCCAGAUGGGCGCAACAACGGACUAAUGGCGCUCUGCCCCUUCGAGCGCGGAGCAGCAAUAGGAGAGUUUGUUGGCUUGAUCACCAAGGACCUGCAGAACAUGGACGUCAUGGACAGCGAGGAGGACCCGUCUAGCCACGCGGAGUAG